CUAAAAAUUUUCGUUGUUUCUUCUCGCUGUUGCGAAGGUCGGGGAACGUUAUUUCUCCGCUUUGUUUCUGCAGCCUCUGCAAUGGGGAGGGACUUUUAGCAGUCUUUCUCUUCCCUUCUAUCGUUUAACGAUCGAAAAGUUUUCCGGAAAGGAGAAAGAAAGUGAAGAUUGAAACCCUAAUUUCCUUUUAUUCCUUGUUACACUAUGAAUGAUUUACCAUCUCUCUCUUGAUUCAGUUGUUCUUGACAGAAUUUUAGCAUUUCCGAUGAUAUUCUGCUUGGUUGGGAUUUUGAGCUUCGGUUUGGGAUUUCCUCCUGUUUAUGAUGACUGCAACCUAUUGAUCAUAUCUUCUGCUUUUAAAAGAGUUUGAUCUUCGAGGAUAUUGUUCUGGGUAAAUUUGUGAGGGGUAGUAGCUUACUUGGUAUCGAAUCUUCGUAUUUCAUCGCUCUGAGAUAAUGAUCGAUGAUACAGCUCCGCACCAGUUUAUAGAGUUAGUGGUCUAUACGUUAUUUUAAGUAUAUCAGUGGCGAUUAGUAUCUGCGGAACUUGCAUCAAUGGACGUUGAAAACGGUAUCGGGAAACGAAGAGUUCUUCUGCUGGAAAUCUUCGAAUAGCGUAUGCAAUAUCUGAAUUGAAUCCGUUUACUUACCGGGCAUUUUUUUGGUUUCCGAACUGAAGUUCCGUGUUUGCUGAUGAUCCAAACUCGGAAUCUUUUAUUGGGUGGGAGUUUCCAAUCGUUGCUUCAUUUGUGGAGAUAGUUAGUCUUGGACGUUGGAUUUAAGACUCUCCAUAAUGGAUGUUGGCCUGUAUUACUGAAACUUUUGGGGGAUGAUUGGUGCUCCUCAUUGUUGAGAAUACACAAAUUUUUAGUUCUGUAGACAGUGGUAUUCCAAGUGUCCGACAAUGACCUCUAUGAAUAUUUAUGAGGAGGGCUCACCAGCACAGCCAAUUGAAGCUGUUCUGAAAUCUCAAAAACAGUCCAAAAUUUCUUACACAAGAGAUUUUCUUUUGUCUUUGAGCGAGUUGGAUGUUUGCAAAAAGCUGCCAACUGGAUUUGAUCCAUCAAUACUAAGUGAAUUUGAAGAGUCAUCUCAUAGCAUACCAGAGUGGCAGCGAAUUCCUGGAAGUUCAUCUUUGCAGAGUUUCAGACGUGGUGAAUAUGGAUCUUCGCCACCUACCCGAGGUGAUUCCGGUAAUUAUUCUCGAGGAAGCCAGGGAAGGUGGGACAGUCAUUCGUCUGGGUCAAUUGAUAAAGAUUCUGACUCGUAUUCAGAUUGUUCAGAUUCUGGAAGACGUUAUGGCAACCAAGCUCGACGUUCUUGGCAAAAUUCAGAGCAUGAUGGUCUUCUGGGAAGUGGUGCCUUUCUAAAACCACCUGGAUAUGCAGCAGGGGUUUCAGCUCCAAAAGUUCGAGGGAAUGGUCAUUAUCAACUCCCUAGGAGUAACGAACCAUAUCAUCCCCCGCGCCCUUACAAGGCAGUACCUCACUCAAGAAGGGAUGCCACUGACUUGUAUAACGAUGAAACAUUUGGUUCAAACGAAUGCUCUAGUCAGGAUAGAGCAGAGGAGGAAAGAAAAAGAAGAGCUUCUUUUGAGUUGAUGAGGAAGGAACAGCAAAAAGCAUUUCAAGAGAAGCAGAAACAAGUUUCAGACAAGCCGAAAGGAAUAUUCGACACAGAUAUCACUGCAUUGUUGGAGGGUUCUGAAGAUGAAAAGAAGCUUCCUAAUAAGGACAAUGUAUCACAGGCCUCUGUUGUAUCAUUGGUUUCAGAAAAUGAUUCUGCGAGGUUUUCUUCUCACACACUAGGUCCUGCGUCCAGACCACUUGUACCCCCAGGUUUUAUGAGCUCUACUCUGGAGAAGAAUCUUGGAUCAAAAACACUGAUUCUUCCCCCUGCAGCAGAGGUUGGAAAUGUUGGUGGGGAUAGCAUUAAGCAUGCCAAGGAUAAUCUGGUGGCAAAUGGGACUUAUGAUAAUAAUGACGAGAAACAAUCAUGGUCCACUGAGCAGUGUUAUGAGGCUAAGAGUAUUCCAGCUCCCUUGGUGGAUGACAGUGAAAGGAUUGUGUUUGCGUCGUCAUCUACAGAACUUUGUGACAACUUGGCUGCUGUUGAUUCAUUGUGUGAAAAUUCUAAACUGUCAGAAGUUUCUGAAGGGCAGAUUUAUGAUGAAGUUACAAAAAUAGAUACUGACAAAGUGACAGGGCAUAAGAUAGUAAAUACAGCUGGUCAGGAUCAUUCAACUUCAAUCCUAGAGAAGCUAUUUGGCAGUGCUUUAACUGCCAAUACUGUUGGUUCAUCUAGCUUUAUUGAGCAUCAUGAUCAUGAUAUUAAAGCAGAUGAUUCAUGGAGCUCUGUACCCUUCCAAUCAUCGAAGUUUGCACAGUGGUUUGUUGAAGAAGAAAAGAAGCCAGUAGAUGAUCUCUCUUGUGGCAAACCUAGGGAUUUACUUUCACUGAUUGUAACUAGUGAUAAAGGUCGAUCUCAGGUGUCUGGAGUGUCUGAUGAGAAAACCAUGGAUCACAUCCCACCAAAACUUCCUUUUGAAAGCAAUGAACUUUCAAACAUGUUUAUCAAUUCAACUGCUAUUUCUGCGCCUGUUGGAAUUUCUGAACCAGUGUACCAUAAUAACAAGUCGAGCACUACUCAGGGAGUGCUUACAUGCGAAGACCUUGAACAGUCCAUCCUACAGGAAAUAAAUGAAAAGAGUUCAAGUCUGCAGCACGCUGUGCAACCCGGGAGUGUAACAGAUUCAAAAGCUGAACAGCCAAAAGCUGACGUUGACAAUUGUGCAUCUCAGCAUCUUCUUUCUCUGUUGCAGAAAGGAGCUAGCAUGAAAAAUCCAGCACCGUUGUCCAAUCUAGAUGUGCCCCCAGACAAACCUCACGUCUAUGGGGUAGGAAGUCUUGGCCCUGUGGUUCAUGGAUCAAGUGAGGGGAACAUGGAAAACAUUCAGAACUCUGAAAAGACUCUUACUCUUGAAACAUUAUUUGGGACAGCCUUCAUGAAGGAACUGCACUCAGUAGGAGCACCGGUAUCAAUACAAAGAGGCUCAACUGGUGGGGGAAGAACUGAUGUUUCAGAGCCUCAUGAGUUGCCAUUUCCAGUUUCUGACGAUGGUUUGUUUUCUUUUACAGCGGGUGAGUUCGGAUUGAGCAAGAGCAGUGCUGAGGGCAAUUAUUUGGCAUCAAAAGUAAAAUCUGAGAAGAUUGAGCAGCAUUGGUUGGGCUUUGAUGAUCCCCAUAUUGAUUUAGGGUCAAAGUUUGGUGCUGCUGGUGGCUUUGAAGAUAGAGCUGAUGGGACUAUGGAAAUUAAACUGCCUGAAGAGGACAGCUUGAUCACAGUAGCUGAUUCGGUGAACCCCCAACAUACCACAUUUAUGCCUGCUUCUAAUGCAACCAAAGACAAGUUGUUAUCUCCCUCAAAAACACCGGUUGAUAUUGCUGAAAAAUUGGCAGCUCUGAAUGCUACCCUUAAAGAUGAAAGGUCUAAAAUGCCAGGUUUGGAAGGCCCUCCAUUUCUUUGUGGUCCUUAUGAUCUGAUGGAUCCUGAGAUUCCAUAUCAUAAUCUGCAUGGCCAGCCAUCGUCUCCACAGUUUCAUCAUUCUCCAAUGAAUCAUGGAAGGCCUCUUAUCCAUUCAUUAGAAGCUCAUCAUGCUCAUAUGAAUUCUCCAAUCAAAUACAUGGGUCCAGAGAAUAUCAUCCAUCAUGAUCCACCACCACACCAUUUUCCUCCAAACAUGUUUCACAACCCUCCUUUCCAACAUAUAUCUGCUGCGCCAACAAGAUUUGAUCCUCCUCAUCAUUCAAUGUUACCACAGAUGCACAUGCCAAACAGUUUUCCGCUGCCUCACCUUAUUCAGGGACUGCCUAGAGGUUCACCACUGCCUCCUUAUGCCUUUAAUCAAAUGGCUGGUUACAUGCCUGAGAUGAAUCCAAUGCAAAGUUUUCCUGUAAAUCAUCGACAACCGAACUAUAAUGGCCUUGGGAUUCCAGUGCCAGAGACCAAUCAUCCUGAAGCAUUUGAACGGCUGAUCGAGAUGGAACUAAGAGCAAACUCAAAACAGAUGCACCCUGUCGCACCUCAUCCAGGCCGUAGCAUGGGGAUGUACGGUCAUGAACUUGAUAUGGGCUUCAGAUACCGAUAGUAGAUCAAACAUUGUUGGUGGGAUUGAUCGUAGUGGUUCAUCCCGAAUUUGGAUCGCAAAUCCUUGCAGUGGAGGUGGGUCUUCGAGUUUUGUAUGUAUUAUAUGAAUUCCAUUUGUAAUUGGCAUAUGGUUGAGAUUUUGGGUUUACUAUUUCUAACUUCAUAAUUCAAAAAAAAAAAAAAAAAA